AUGACCACAUAUGGAACGAUCUCACAAGAGGCAGAGGCUUCACCAAAUCCACACUCAGUUUUCGUUUCACAGGCCAAAGAUCGCAUUCAAACGGGUCUAGGCACAACAAGACGAUGGAAAGAAAUGCUCCAACCUUCUCAUCUCAAACUUCCAUCUUCCUUCUACAGUUUAAUCCAAAGAAUCAACACAAAUGCCAGACAUUUUCGAGCCAACUACGUCAUUAUCAUAUUGUUUGUGCUUUUCCUUAGCUUACUAGGACACCCCGUUUCUUUGAUCAUACUAGUUGUUAUGAUGAUUGCAUGGCUUGUCUUAUACUUCCUGCGAGAUACCCCUUUGAUGAUUUUGAGGUAUGAGAUCGAUGAGCGAUUGGUGGUUAUCUUUUUGUUGUUGGUCACCGUUGGUUUGCUUGUACUCACUAGUGUAACCUACAAUGUGUUAGUAGGUAUGUCUGUUGCCCUAGUGCUUGACUUGGUCCAUGCUGUGAUGAGGGAAACCGAGGAUCUGUUUACCAUGGAUGAAGAUUUGAGGGUUGUAAAGGGUCUUAGAGAUGUUGCUUCCUCUUCUUUUACUUCGCCUUAG